CCCACCACGCGUGUUCCUUGAGAUUACGAGAGGCGAGGAUACGAGAACGAAUGAUCGUGAUCAAUGUGUACGCGUAGUAUAGUGCGGCGUAUGGAUCCUUUUUGUUUAAUGCUCGAUCUCUAGAGGGACCUUAAAAAAAAAGAUGAUUUCAACGAAAAUGAUUUUUUACUAUGUGAUAUUGUUAUGCCUCAGCUGGCCGCAAACAAGGUGCACAGAGGACGCUGACUUAAAGGGUGAAGAGAUCUACGAUCAAUUCGCGACUGCCUCGGAGACUGUCGUGCAUGCCGCAAAAGAGUCAAAUAAAGACUCAAAGGAGCUACAAAAACAGUUUUCGAGCAUACCAUCGUCAACGGUACACUAUGAAAAUUCCAACGGCUUCGUGCCCAUGAUACAGUCCGCCUCGCCGUCCGUCUCGUAUUACUCGUCACAGACCAGGAAUCACGAACAACAAAACUCUGAAGAGAGCAACGUGACGGAUGCCGUAAGUGCUCAAGACAGCUCUGACGCGCGAGCGAAAAAGUUAGAAGAGGACUUAGCAUAUUCCUCGGAAGCGAGAAUCUUCUUGAGUCUGCCUAGAUCACUGACGAAUCGUAGAUCUUUCGAUUUGCAGGACGGGAAGCUGAAUGAGUUCGAACUGCUGAAGGUGAACAACGACACUCCGGCGGUGGCCAAUUACCAGGACUUUUAUGAGAACGUGCGCAGUACGGUGAGCACCCAGACCGACAGCGAGUCCAGGAAAUCUUCUUCGAGGCGUCCGAAAAGCGAGAGAGGGAAAAGGCUCGAGGGUCACACUCAUAAUUACGGUUGGCAGUCGCAACAGAACAACGACCAGGAUAUCUAUGCUCAGUUUUAUUCGCACAAUGGCGCCCAGGAUACGAAGAAAACUGUUUAUGGGCAGGAGAAAGUCGCUGGUAAUUAUCAGCAGCAGAACACCGCGAACUACAAUGAGCUAAGCGCGGCCAAGCAGAAUGCAGCGGCGAUCCCGUCCUCAUCAAGGACGAAUUACGAGGCCAACGAACUCGCGCAUAGCGGAACUCAUAGCGAUACGGGAGAAUCACCGAGGACACGCCAUAGAUUCAUGAAGCCGGUCGUGGUCGCCGAGCCGAGCAACCACAAAGUAGACGUGAAGUUCAGCAGUCAACAGCGAAACAGCGAGUCAGAUAACGAUGACAAAACUUUGAAAAAUCUAAAAUCCUCUAGCUCAGAGAUAUCGAGUCACUACGAUGCUUACAACACUAAUAGCCGGCAGCGUAGCUAUCAUCGCACGGAAGACUCCAGAGAGUUUUCGGACGAAGACUCGGAUUACAUCGAUUACGUGGAUCAGUCGAGAUCGAGACUGCAGAAGAAUCGGAAACGUCCCGAUACCAUCAGGAAACUUCCCAAAGAACAUCGAGGCACAUUGAACGAGAGCGCAGAGGAGGGUAAGUACGCGUACAGCUCCUCAAGACUGAAGACUCAGCGGCCCAAGGUUAAGGCGAAUCCAUGGCUCAACGAUCCCAACGUGAACCAUCAUGACGAGAGUAUCGAAGAUAUUAGAUACGACUCCAGCAGAAGCAGCAGCACAAAAACGAAAACUGUUAAACAUAAACCAACAAAUACCAACACGUGGAAUCAGAUCUCUCCGAAUCUCGAGAUCUCCCAUUCCAACGGGAUCGAGCUGGAUCAAUUGGAGAAGCCGAAAUACGUUGUUAAUUUUGUACCCGUGGGGAACUUUGACCACGCGACUGCGUUAGGCGGUAGCCAGGGUUUCGACAUGUCCAACGCGAUGCUGCAAAAUCUCGCUACCGUCGCGCCGCUCGGUGCGUUCAGCACGGCAACGCCUCUCUUGAGCACACCUCAGUCUCUCCUCGCUCAGAAUUUAGCGAUAUCGAAGAAUUUGGUUUCCACGCCAGUGCCCGAUGUCAUUGUCGGCCAGAACACUUUUCACAAUCCCAUGCAAACGGUUCUGCUCUCUCAUCCGAACGGUCAAAACAAGUUUGCGGAUACGUUGAGAGCGACUUACGUUCCGAGUACUAUGACACCUAUAUUCGCUUUCACUCCCGGCUUGCAGGGCCUCAGUGUUCACGGUGUGCAGAAUAACGUGACGCCACGAACGACCUUCGCCGUGGUGCCGCAACCGACCAUUCAGUCGUAUCCGAGCUUUAUUCAGACUCCGCUGCAGGCGACUCAAAUUCAGGUACAGAGCCUACCCACAGGGCCCACGUUGCUGUCCAGCCAUUCGGUAACGGAGGGCAGGGCCAACCCGUCCGCGGAAACGCAUGGCAAGAAGAACGUGUAUUCCACUUCCGGCGGAAACUUUCUCGCCACGGCGAGUCUGGCCGUCGGUCAAAAUGAACAGAAGCAGGCGGCCAAUGUUAACACUUAUUACGUUCACGGGCAGAACGCACAGGUGAUUCCAAAUCAACAACUGGCGAAAGGCGGUAAACAAUCUCCCAUUGUGUUUCAAACCGCUGACAGCUCGACUAGUCACUCGAAUAAUUUAAAUACGCUUGGAGCAACAUCGGGGAACGCACAUCUUCCGAACGUUGGUGCGAAAAACGUGGAGAUCGUAAAUCCAAACAUUAAAUUGAAUCCUCUCACGAAUACUUAUCAGACGAUGUAUCCAGCUACCGUCGUGACAACACCUAUCCCAAUUUUCAGCACAAUCGCUUCAGCUACUCCGCAAACAGCGGUUAACUUACAGAAUUACGUGAACUCCCUGACACAGUCAGGGGGCAAGAUUAAGCAAGUGGAUCUUAAACCAUCGCAGAAUCAGGAACAACCGAUGUUCAAUCCCAUCAAUUUCGUUCCUAACAUUGACAUUAUCAAGAACCAGAACGUUCUUAACAGUAAGUUGCGGACCAACGAGCCUCUUCAGUCAGGCUUGAAUCUGGUGCCCGCUAUGCCCGGUGGAAAUUUCUUUAAACCGUUCACAGCGCAAAACGAGUUGAUGAUGAAGCCGAAGCUCGCGUCGGACUUGCAGAAGUACGCCGAGGAGAUGUUCAAGGAAUCCUUGAAGACCAUGUACAACUCGCAGAAGUGGAACAACGAUAGAAGACCGGGCCACAUUCCAAAUAAUCUAGAAGCAAACGACUUGACCAAACUGAGGAUAGAGCUGCAAAAAUUGAGGAAUUCUUUAACAGAAUCGAAGUAUAGAGAUAUUCUCGAAGGGCAUCAGAGCGAGGACAACAUUCACACUACUGACGCGCCAAGAUCUUCGGGUAAAAAGAAAUUGGAGCCGCUACUAGCGACCUUGGAACACUUGAUCAAGACUCGCGGAAUCGCGGGACCGAUACAUAUGUAUCACGGCGCCAUUAAACCUGGAGGUCGCAAACCCAAACAAGGAGAUUCGAAUUUCGCCGGGAGUUCCAACUAUAUGUUCCAUGACGAUGGCCACAUAGAAUUUCUCACGCCACCCAGGUCGCCGGGUCGAUUCCAUCCAAAAGCUCCUUUCCAUGAUAAGCUGAUAAAGAAACGACCAGGAUCGAGAUACAAGAACGGUCCGAGGAAACUAGUGAGAGUGCCAGUCAUUUCAUCGCACAAGCCCGGUACAUUAAAAACGUCCUCCAGCAACAUAGAAAUAUAUCUGGAUGGUACGCACCGUAAGCAGCCUCGAGAUGUAGAUUUUGAAAACGACUACGACUUCGAGUCUAAGCACCGGUCAUUUCAUGAGUCACAUCCGUCGUUCACCACAUCGGCGCCGGAAGUCCUCAGCAAUAUCUUAAGGGAGAUUAAGAAUAACAAGGAGUACGACAUCAAUCAUCCCAGGAUGCACAAUCUUCUCGGUUUGUUAAUGAAGAACAAACAGUUGCCUAACAGAGGGGCGCAGAACUAUUAUCGCGACAAUGAUCAGGCGAGGCACUUCUUCGAUAGGGACAGGCGUCGACCGCAGCAGCAGUUUUACAAUGACGCCUUGAGGGAUUACGUGGACAGGUCCGACAUCGCAACGCAGUCUGCUUCGGUUGCCAAAGGGAAUGUCUAUUCGGGGAACGGCACAGCGUAAAUUUAUAAUCAAAAGUGCAAGCAAGACAUCGUUCACGCAAUAUGCGUUCGCUGGAUCUGCGGGUGAAAUUGUAAAUUUGCUCGUAAAAAAGAAAGACUAGAAUUAAUUAGGUAUUAAGUACGUUUACCCCGUUCGCGGUACGACUUUCCGUCCGCUUUGCGCAUUAACGAAUGCAGUAUCACGCCGGCAUCGAAUCGCUGCGCUGUUCGCACUAGUAAAGGUUUAAUUAUAGCGAGUAAGUUUUUUUUUUACAAAAAUUAUAAAAUUAGUCGUUAGUAUCGUAAGCGCUCGCACGGAAUGUUCGGUUCGAGGGAAAUUUAUCGAUCAUCAUUUGUUGUAAGACGCUGAUAAGUAUUGUAUGUACAUAUUAAGUUAGACCAAAAAUAUAUACAUCUUAUAAUUUGUACGGCGUUUGCCACGCCUGCAUCCUAUCCAUUU